UGCUUCAACAUGCCAUUUCUUGGCCUAUAUAUGUGCCUAUAUAAAUCCACCAAUCUACAUGUAUCUAUUAAUUAUUAAGUUCAACAUUCCUUAACUUCCUCAACUACAAUUACUUUAUUUUUUCCCACAUUAACGUUUGUGUCAUGGAUUCUGGUCUCUGCUUAGUGUCUAGUCCAAACCAUCAAAACAUAGUUCAAAAUAAUUUCUACGACCCUUCUUGGUUACAAAAACAACGUAACGUUCCAAUGAACUUCGUUUGGCCAAAAGAGUAUCUAGUGAAUGCAAAUGAAGAGUUUCAAGCACCAUUGAUAGACCUUGAUGGGUUCCUUAAAGGUAAUGAAGAAACCACAAACAAUGUUGCAAUGCUCAUAUCCAAAGCUUGUUCAACUCAUGGAUUUUUUCAAGUGAUUAACCAUGGUGUUGAUUUGAGUCUCAUUGGUGAAGCUUAUGAUCAAAUGGAUGCUUUUUUUAAGCAACCAAUUGAUAAGAAACUUAUUGCUCGUAAGAUAAAAGGUUCAAUGUGGGGUUAUUCUGGUGCACAUGCUGAUAGGUUCUCCUCCAAAUUGCCUUGGAAGGAAACACUUUCUUUCCCUUUUCAUGAUAAUAAUGUCUUUGAGCCUUCUGUCACUAACUACUUUGACUCCACCUUGGGAGAAGACUUUCAACAAACUGGAGUGGCAUUCCAGAAGUACUGUGAAGCUAUGAAGAAGUUAGGGAUGAAACUGAUGGAGAUAUUAGCUAUAAGUCUGGGAUUAGAUAGGUUCCAUUUUAAGUCCUUAUUUGAAGAUGGUUGUUCCAUAAUGAGAUGCAACUAUUACCCAUCAUGCCAAGAACCAAGUGUUGCAUUAGGGACAGGACCACAUUGUGACCCAACAACAUUAACAAUACUUCACCAAGAUCAAGUUGGAGGGCUUGAUGUGUUUGCUGACCAGAAAUGGCAGACGGUUAGACCUCGUUCAGAUGCAUUUGUUGUUAACAUUGGUGAUACUUUCACGGCAUUAUCAAAUGGUAGAUACAAGAGUUGCUUGCAUAGGGCAGUGGUUAAUAGGUACAAAGAGAGGAGGUCCUUAGCAUUCUUUCUGUGCCCAAAAGAAGACAAAAUGGUGAGACCCUCACAAGAUAUUGUGAGUAGAGAUGGGACAAAACAAUAUCCUGAUUUCACAUGGUCACAAUUGCUUCAAUUCACACAAAAUCACUACAGAGCUGACGAAGCUACACUGCAAAAUUUCACCAAGUGGUUACUAUCUUCCAAAAUUACAAACACUUUACCUUGAUUAACCAACAAAUUUUACUUAUUUAGAGGUUUAAAUGCAUUCCUUGUCGCCUUAAUUAUUGUUAGCAAGCUCCAUGUAUUCAUGAAUUAAUUGAACAUGGAGUUCCUCUUUAUGUAAUUGGAUUUCAUUUCUUACGGCACAUUAAGAUUAUAAAAUUCAAAAAUUGGAAGGAACUUUA